AUGGAUGAUGAUGAUUUUGGGGCCGACCCGGACUUCUUGAGUGCUCUGGCGUCCGCAUCUGUUCAGCAGCCCAUCCCACAGAGGCUACAACAACCAACGCCCCAAAGAAUACAACAGCCUACACCACAACGACUCGACAAAGCUCCACCAGCCUCCAAUGCCUGGGGCCCCAAAGUUGUCCAGCCUACACCACAAGCACUUCCACAACGUUCGUCGGGUUCGUCCAUUCUUGUAUCGCCACGUCAGAAAGGCAACCCAGUGCUUGCAUCUCUCAAGUCGGUGCCAUGGGAGUACAGCGACAUUCCAGCCGAUUACGGGUUGGGGUUGACGACAUGUGCCUUGUUCUUGAGCCUAAAGUACCACCGCCUGCACCCUGAGUACAUAUACACGAGAAUACGCAACUUGCAAGGGAAAUACAAUCUCCGCAUUGUCCUGACUAUGGUCGACAUUCCCAACCACGAAGACUCCUUGCGUGAGUUGUCUAAGACAUCGCUUGUCAACAAUGUCACCGUCAUUCUGUGCUGGUCUGCCGCCGAGGCUGCCCACUAUCUCGAACUCUAUAAGUCUUACGAACAUGCAAACUUCGCCGCCAUCAAGGGGCAACAGGCCACAAGCUACACCGAGAAGCUGGUCGAGUUUGUCACUGUUCCCAGGGGAAUAAACAAGGCGGAUGCAAUCUCACUCGUCAGCGCCUUUGGAAGCAUAAAAAAUGCCGUCAAUGCCGAUCCUGAAGCCGUCGCCGUCAUCGGCGGCUGGGGUGAAAAGAAGGUCAAGAGAUGGUGCAGCGUGGUUGAGGAGCCGUUUCGAACCCAGCAGGCGUCGAAGCGGCGUCUCAUCACCAACGAGAGUAUUGCCCUUGAUGAGGCAAUUCCUCUCAGUCGGGUGCCUUUGAGAGAUAUGCCGACCCUCUCUGCCAGUGCAUCGCGAGACAGCGCAACUCCCCAGCCACAAUUAAAAGAGAAGCCUCAAAGGAAACCUAGGCAGCCUCAGACAUGGGAUCCUCUAGACGACGAGGAGGCCAUGAUCGCACAUGCUAUAGAAGAGUCCAAGAAGACUGCGACACAAGAAAAGGCGGCAGCAGCAACAACACGAGAAAAAGGUGCUCCAAACGAAGAACAACUCAGCGACGGGAUAGCUGCUGCAUUAGCCAAGCUGAGAGAUGAAGGAUGA